AAAUUAUUUUUCUUCCAUUCCCCAUAACUGAGAAGGUGAGUUUUUCAGUGGAAUAUAAAAUGCACGUGUAAUAAAAACUCUCUGUAAUGUUUAAAACCUCAAAUGUAUUUCUCAUAUUGCCAACCUGACUUUAAUUACUACUGAAAAAAAGAUUAUUGUAGCUUAAUUUAAUUCUUUAAAACUGUUUCAGGAUCAUGGAAUACUUGAAACGUUGUUAAUAAAAUAUUCCCUCUCAAUAAAAAUUAAAAACGAUGUAAAAAAAUUUUUUUUUCAUUGAUGUUAACUCAAAUAUGUUCUACGGGAAGGUGAUAUAUUGUCGCUGAUGGUUCAAAAUGAAUCAUUCGUCUCCAUUAGAGUGUAGCAUAUGCUAAAGAAAGUCCUAAUGAAUCAUCAAUUACAUCAUCAUGAUGAUCAUUUACCUGACCAUGGCAUCGAUGAUUUUCACCAUCACAUGUGCCGGUGGACCAAAUCUAGACAAUUGUGAUUGGACAGGAAGUGGUACUCUGGCCAUGGCUUUAUCCAGAGGUGUCCAACCUGUGUAUCUCCGAUGCAAUCAAGGUACUGUACGCUGGCAUUAUCCUCAGGGUGCUUUAAGAAUAGUACUUCAGCAUAGAUCCGCUGGUUCAUCAUUUAGUGCUUGCGUGAGGAGAUCGAAAAAUUCUACUGGUGCAAGAAUCUAUCUUGCUGGACAUAAAACGCUUCAUCAACUGUUCAAUUCAAAUGAUCCAAUAGAUUUGGUAAAGUGUGUGUCGUCACAAAGUGGGCAAGUGACACUGUACGCCGAAGCAGACCCUAUUGCCGACAUUUUAAGGAAAGCUACUGCUGAAUUUAGUUAUCAUUUAAAAAGGAUAUACAAGAAAACAGAAUACGCAGUAAUUGAUGAAUGUCAGCCAUGUUCUGAAGAGCAACUUCUUCGCCAUUUUUGCUCAAGUGAUUUCGUUGUUCAAGGCACAGUAACGAGUUUGUUCCACAACAAAGCGCUUCAAAUGACGGAGCUGACUGUUCGUGUCUCACAAAUCCUUCGAACUAACAAAGAUCUGAAUAAUCCUAUUCGAGAAUCUCACAUUUCAAGUGAUAAUGACAUUGUGCAAAAGACAAACUAUGUCGUAAUGUACCGGCCGUUGAAAUGUGGCACAAAAGCUGGAUCAGGUGAAUACUUGUUCCUAGGCAAAUGGUUGCUGGGUAAUGCAAAUCUGAACUGCGUUCCCAGAGUAUCAGAAUGGAAGAAGGUCAGAAGGAAAGCGCUUCUAACAGGAUCCAAUGAGUGUCUGCUCUAAUCUGUGAUUCAAGCUAUUGUUGUCCUGAUGUUUGUUGCAUAUUUACAUUUACAUAGCUUCCAACUUUAUUGGAUUAUUCCAAUUUUUUCUGAUUUAUUGAAGAAAUUUAAGAAAAAAAAUAAUAUUUUUGAAAGUCCUUAUAGUUUGUCUAAAAUUAGAACACCCCUAGCCAAUCGUCUGAACCCGUGGUGGUGACUAUGGUAACAACGGCGAGAGAAAGGGAAACUUUUUCUUCUAUCUAUUGUGUUAGCCCUAGAGUGAAGAGAAACUACCCUCUCUAAAAUGCGCAAUUCAUGUUUCCAUAGCAGCAGACAGCGUCAGACUUUGCGGCGGGGGGAGUUCUUACCGUAGAUAAACUAUAUGUUGAAAAAUAAUUUUUUUACUCAGUUCAGUGCUUGCUUGAAUAUUGAAAUAAUUAUUGAAUGGAUAGUCAUCAAUUAGAGUAUUUUGUUGUUUUUAAAAUCACUCUUUUAAUGUGAAUUAUUUAAAUUACAGAAUAUAUUAUAUUCUAAAUGUCUGAAAUGAAUAUAAUUUCUGUAAGUAUUCAAAACAAUGAAUGCAUAAGCAAAAUUUUAAUUCCAAUGUCAAUCAUAAAUGGAACAUAUUGCACAUAAAAAAUUUGCCUAUAUUUUUAUUGAAUAUAUAAAUGUCUAAAAUUCCCUGUCCUUAAAAUAUUUUAGAUAUUACUUACAUGACAGCAUGAAACUUAAAGUAUCUAGUAAAAACUAUUGUAUCUUUUCCUUUCCAUGUUGGAAGCUGUGUAUUUAGUUAACUCAUAAAGCACUUGUAAAUAAAGCAUUAAUAUGAUCAAAAGCAAAUUGUGAUUAGAUAUAGUUUUAUAUCUUGUAAAAAGUAAUUUUGAUUUAAUGUUUAUUAAGACUUACUGACAUUAUUUACUAAUUCACAAGUUAAUAACAUUUAAGAAAUUUUGUAAUGUAAUUAUCCAAGAAAUGAUAUUUUAAUGCAGACUUUCGGUUUAUUAAGUAGAAAACGAAUGAAUAUUAUUAGGAUUGUGCAGCUAUUUCUAAGUUAUAAAUUGGCAGUCUGAAUGUUUAAGAUAAUGCUUGUUUACUGUACCUAUCAAAGGGGGGUAAAUACUUAAAAUUAUUUUUGUUUAUGCUUUAAUUCAAUGCGUUUGCAUAUUGGAGCCGCAAAGUUUUUCAGUCUUAAUACCAAUGCAUUUUUAAAUCAAUAAUCUUAUUCUUGAAACUUUUAAAUGAAAAUGGUGAUUUUAAAUGUCAUCAUAAAUUGUUAACUUUUGAACAAUCAUCUACUAUACAGACUUUUUUUUCCUUUAAUUUUAAAAUAUAAAAAUCAUAAUGUAAUAGCUUUACAGAUAGUUUUAAUUCAUUUUUUGAAAAGAAAUAAUUUAAAUGAGUAUUUUAUAUACAUUAAACAACUUGAUUUUGAGUAUCAAUAAAUUUCGAAUAGUAUUUCUCCUUCCAAAUAUUUUUACUUUUAUCAGUUUUUGAUUUUAAGAAAAAAAUAGUUUUAAAAUAAAUAUUUCUAAAUUUUCUUGAAGUUUGCACUGCCAUUUUUUUUUUCAAUGUUUGUGUUGUGAUAUUGUUAGAAGAGUAAAAAUAUUUUUCGUGGAACUACUAGUGCCAUUUGAUCUCAGUUGUAUAUAUUAUUUGUACAGAAGUAUUGUACUUCAAUAAAUAUGUUGUACUUGACAAACUUUUUUUUUUCACUUGAUGAUGGAAAUAAUACUACUAUUGUUUUGAUAGAGUUGACCAAUUAAUGUAAAUAGUCAGUUAUUUAUUUGGACAAAUAAAGUAGCAAUUUUAUUUUAA